UCCGGUUCUGAGUCUUGAUCAAUUUGUCCAUCCAUCCACUUACUUGAUGUGUGGUAUAUUCGUUUGUGCUCAACGGUUCCAAGUAGACCUUCAGACUAUCGACGCCACCGACCGAUCUCUUGAGAAGCUAUGCAUCGGUUUGAGGCAUGCAAAUGCUGCGCGUGGGCCUGACGCCCAACGAAGUCACAAAGUAAGCUUCAAGGACCAAACGUCAGAUGAUAGCAUACUCCAUCUCGAGUUUUUUGCAUCUGAACUGUGUCUACGAGGUUCUCACCCUGUCGUGCAACCUCAUAUUAGAAACGGUGAUGUUUUGUGCUGGAAUGGAGAGAUCUUUGAAGGACUAGACAUGGCUCCAGCUGAAAACGAUGGCGUUAAGUUAUUUGAAAGUAGCAAGGGUCUCAAAACACCAGCACAAAUAAGAGACCUUUUCUCAUCGGUAGAAGGCCCGUAUGCUUUUGUCUUUCACCAUGAAGAGUCUGGAAGCCUCAUAUUUGGACGCGAUCCUCUGGGUCGUCGGUCUCUAUUGAUCCAUAAACCAUCUUCAUCACAUCCAUAUCUCAUGUUAACAUCUGUGACAUCUGGUGCCGACGCAGGAUGUUCUUUCGAGGAGCUGCCUACAGAUCACAUCUAUUGUCUGAACUUGAAAGAUCUCGCUCAGAUGGAAGACAUGACGUUCGAAGACCAUCUUGAAACCUUACCUCGAUGGCCUUCUCAACCCACUAUCUCUAGCUUUGCUCAGCCUCCGAAAUUGAAUCCUUCGAUUCCACCAGAUACCUGGCCGCGUUUAGUUUCGCUUGAUGAAAUACCUGAUUAUCUCCUCGCUUCUGUAGAUGAUUUGAUCUCCCAUCUAGAUCGUAGUGUUAUGCUCCGUGUUCGCAACAUACCUCCCAGAAGUUCUAUGCCAACAGAGUCCAGAGUUGCUGUCCUCUUCAGCGGCGGAAUAGAUUCAACAGUUAUUGCGUACCUUGCCCAUAAGCAUAUACCUCUAGAAGAAUCGAUCGACCUCCUCAACGUCGCGUUCGAGAACCCUAGAAAGAUUCGAAUGGAGACGGAAGGCAAUGUGGGGGGAGUAUCAAGACGGCAUAAGAAGAAAGAUAAAAAACCAUCUGAAUGUGACUCUGUCAGAGUGUCAUAUAUGGUUCCUGAUAGAAAGACGGGACUUCAGGAAUUGGAAGAACUUAGGCGGCUGUGUCCCGGGCGUACUUGGAACUUUGUAGAGGUCAAUGUCCCUUAUCACGAAUCGCAGGGGGCACGCUCAAUAGUUGAAGCGUUGAUGCUGCCCAGCCGUACAGUCAUGGAUUUGAGUCUGGCUCUUGCUUUGUACUUCGCCUCUCAGGGAGUUGGACACGUACGCGCUUAUCCAGGUACAGAAUCUGUGGCUUAUACUAGCCCAGCUCGUGUGCUAUUGAACGGCCUUGGAUCCGACGAGCUACUUGGCGGCUAUGGAAGGCAUCGGUCAGCAUUCAACUCAGGCAGCUGGCAGGCAGUAAUCGAUGAACUUCAGCUAGAAAUCCAGCGCAUUCCAGUUCGAAAUCUGGGCCGCGACGAUCGCAUUUGCUCGUCCCACGGAAAGGAAACAAGACAUCCUUUUCUGUCACUUGGUGUGGUCUCAUUUUUGGCUAACUUGCCUGUUCAGCACAAAAUGGACCCCCGUAUAGAAGUGGGCCUGGGAGAUAAGAUGCUACUGAGAUUAGCUGCUCGAAAAAUGGGGUUAAUUGAGGCAAGCGGACGAAAGAAACGGGCCAUGCAGUUUGGUAGCCACUCCGCAAGAAUGGAUGGCGAUACUAAAGGAGAUGUUACAUUAGAUUAGAUGUUUAGUCGUAGUCGCACUGUUAGUGACAGUGAACCCUGACUAAAUGGCAGUGACUAAGCCAAAAGAAUACGCGUCGUUGAUAUGUGUUUGACACCUUUACCUUUACACUCAUGG